GGUAAGGGACAAAAAUGAUGGUCUCUUCUUUAGACAGGCUUUUGGCGAUCUGUCUAUUAAUCUGUGCCUGUAUUAUACCUACUCUUUGCCUCAGGCAAGUUCGACGACACACGUGCACGGCUACCUGACAUCCUUUUAUAUUAAUUUUUCAACGAAAAUGAAUGUUAUAUUUUGUACCACGUGGGUGAAAAGAGGUGUCGCCGCAGCUGUUCCUGAGAAGGUCGAAUUGAAACCUGAAGAGCUCGAAGAGAUUAUAAAAGAGACACAAUCCGCUUUAGAAGAUGAAGAGUCUGAUGAAGAGGCAGCUGGCCCCUCGCAAUCGAAUACGAAAAAAAGUGCAAACGAAUCUCCCACAACUGGCGAUGAAUACAACUUUCAAGACUACGAUGACGAAUCUGGCAAUAUGUAUUGCAACAUUACUUCUCUAGCUAGCUUUGAUGUUGAUGGUGAAGAUAAUUUUAUAACAAAUGAUGAUGUAGAUUCAGAAAAUGAGGAUGACAUUAUUAAAGCUGAUGAUAAUCUGGUACUGAUUGGCCAUGUUGAAGGAGAUGCUAGCAUCUUGGAAGUAUUUGUAUAUAAUGAAAGAGAAGAUUCUUUUUAUUGCCAUCAUGAUAUAUUAUUAUCUUCGUUUCCAUUGUGUAUAGAAUGGCUUAAUUAUGACUCUGCAGAUCCAAAACCAGGCAAUUUAUGUGCAAUUGGCAACAUGAGUCCCAUAAUCGAGAUUUGGGACUUGGAUUUGAUAGAUUGUUUAGAGCCAGCCUAUAGAUUAGGUUGCAAACCAAAUAAAAAGAAAAGGCAGAAGCGUGUAGGCCACAGAGAUGCAGUUCUAGACAUAGCAUGGAACCAGAAUUAUAUGCAUGUGCUUGCUAGUGGUUCGGUCGAUAAAACAGUUCUUUUGUGGGACUUGGAUAAUUGUAAGCCGGUGACUAAACUAGAUUCAUUUAAUGAGAAAAUACAAGCAUUAAAGUGGCAUCCACAGGAAACCCAUCAAUUAUUGACAGGAUGUGCUGACAAAUUCAUAAGAUUAUUCGAUUGCAAGGAACAAGCACUUGCACGAAGUUGGGAAGUAUCGGGAGAAGUGGAGAGGGUAUUGUGGAAUCAUUAUGACCCAAAUUAUUGCAUUGCCAGCACAGAUAAUGGUUACAUAGAAUACUUUGAUGUUAGAGGAGACAAGCCAUUAUGGCAAAUCAAGGCUCAUGAAAAAGAAGUUACAGGUCUUUCUCUUAGCGCAUCGUGCCAAGGUCUAUUAGUAUCUUGUUCAAAUGACGGUGUAAUGAAAGUAUGGGACAUUCUCGAUCAAAAAAGUCCUGUCCUCGUAUGGGAACAAUCGAGUAAUUUAGGUGCUAUUCAGUGUCUCGCUGCAAAUCCGGAUAACGGAUUUAUAUUUAUCGCUGGCGGGGAUAAUAAAGCACACAAUCUUCGAGUGCUAGAUUUCAGGGAGAUUCCUACAUUGCGAGAGAGAUUCAUGGAUGCAGAACGUGUCGCGUCGAAUAAUUCAUUAAUAAUAAAACAGGAGAGGGUAAUAAAACAGGAGAUGAUGGACGUCACUGAUAACAUGGAAGAUAUGGAAAUUGAAAAUCUGGGCUCAUUAAGUAUGCAAAUUAAAAAAGAGAAAAAGGAAACUUAGAAUAUGUUUUUAUGGCACAUUAACAUUUGUACAUACACCUACAGUAUGUAUUUGAUAAGGUAAAAGCUAAUCAUUAAAAUGUGCUUUCUCAAAACA